ACUCAUGUGACUUUUUUGGCACGUGUGAUUGGUUUUCGGCAAGUUUAAAUCGACGCGCCGUUCCGCGCCUAAUUUUGAAUGAACUUGUGUCUGGCUACACGUGAAAAUCAACCACAUGAAGUGCGUGAGUAAAAGGUGAGCUGACAGAACAAAAGCUUUCAUCUUGGCUACCGUUUACAACGAAAAUUGUCUCCUUUUAAACGACAGCUGGGAAGGACAGAAUUAGGAAUUUGCCGUCGAAUUUUCCGCUAUGAGCGUCGUGAGAAGAAAACUAUUUGAGGAAGGAUCGAAUUCUUGGACCUCGGAUCAAACAAUCGCUGAAAGGCCAAAUAACGAAGCAGUUGAAAAUGAGCGCACAGAAAUUGUUGAAUACACUGUUGUAAACGAAGGAGAUGUAGCUCUGAAGGAGCCAAGUGUAGAGACUCCAAAUGGAUUAAAAACGCCCCAAGAAAAUAUGUUUCGACCGACAACUCCUUCGUGCUUUGAGAAGGAUCGUGAAAAGAAACUUCUGAUUAUUGACGAGGCAGAAGAUGAAACUGUUCGCAAAGGAUGGGCAGAAAAACAGACACUUAAAGGGAUACAAGUUGUAACAUGUCAUUGUACAAACCUGAUCUCGGUCUGUACAAAAGAAACAUUUUUACUUAUUUUCCUCGAUAUAUCCUCAGUGGCGGGAAACGCUAAAAAGAUAGUUUCUACGAUAAGGUACAAUCCCAAUUCUCUGAACCGUUCAACAGCAAUAAUUGGAUUAACACAGGAAGGAGAUAAAGAGGACUUCAGUUACCAUGAAAUAAAUGAUGUCAUUCAGCUUCCAGUGACAGAUGAAAGGGUGAAUCAGGUUUUGUUGAAGUGGGCUGGGCACAAGUCAUGUGAAGGCAUGCCAUUGACACCAGAGAGUCCAGAAGGAAACAUUCAUUCAGCUGGACCAAAGUCUUUAGGAACAACCAAAGAAAACACAGAGGAGAAUUUGUCAUCAAUCAUAAAAUAUUCGACAUCACAACCAAUUCAACAGAAUUGUAGUAGUAGAGUGUCUCAGGCAGACAACUCUAAUGGAACAUUGGAAUCCUUUUGCAAAGUCUCCACACUCCAUAACAACCAGUCAGGGCCAACCUAUCAACAGCUAUGUCACAAUGGCCAAUAUAUUCCUGUCAGUAGAAGUGGCUUUGCUGAUCCAUCACAGAACAAUCAAGUCACAGAUGACAACAGGUUACAUCUUCAAAACAGCAAUGUUGCUGCUCCACAGAACUUUCUCCUUGGGGGAAACCAGAUCCAAAGUCAACCUCACUCAUCACUGAUUCUCCAACGAUCAGCAGCAGAUCACAUGCUCACCCAGGAAGAUCAUGUUUCUGUUCAUAUUCCCCCAAAUGCAGUCAACACAGUGUAUCCUGAGCAUUACAAUCACAUUUAUUACAACAUACCACCUACAAAUCAAAACAGACCAAAUACCAUUCCACCACAUUUUGUUGCUAUCAAUUCUUCCACAUGUGUCCAAAACCCUGCAGGCUUGACAUCACAGGCAGCUCCCAAGGCAGAUCACUCUGUAGUGACCACCCAAUCAUCACCUGACAGAGAAGGUGGAAAGAUAGUUGGCAGUCCUGCAUAUAUGAUCAGUGGACAACUGGGAAGCAAAGAUAUGAAAAUCACAUUACUUCAUGAUGACCUGUCCAAACACAGCUCCAAAGAGAGGAUUAGAAGAGAACGAAUUAAGGAAAGCUGCGAUCAACUCCGCUUUUUGCUACCUAGUGUUGCUGGGAAAAAAUCUGACAUGGCUUCCAUUCUUGAAAUGACUGUAAAAUAUGUGAGAAUGAUCAAGGAAAGGCUUCCACCAGCUGUUCUUCAAGAGAUCUCUCAGAAUAUUGCUGACACAACUGCUACACUUCCUAGGAAAAGAACCAGGGACUUAUCAGCAAACAUUAAACAAACACGUCCAAGACUUACACCACCUGCUAAUAUUCGUGAGGGACCACCAAGAUUACCACACCCUUUACCACCAUUCUAUAUGACGCCUGCACCAUUUCAAGGCAAGGCUCCUACAAUAGUAACCACAACAGGUCCUAUGUAUGUGCCCCACCUACAUAUCAGGCCUGGUCAUGAACACACCCAGAUUCCUUUACAACAACAUCAAAUUCAUCAAGCAGACCCAGCCAGCUUCAGACUGGCAACAUCACCUCCUUCUGCAUUCAACAGCUGCCACAAUGAGAAUUCAACCAGAGGUACAAAUACAUUUCAGCAUCAACCAGGGCAUGAACAUGUCAUGAUUAAUCCACACCAAGAUUACAAUGCAACCCACUCAUCAUUCCACUCUAAACACAUUUUUCAUGGAAACCACCCUCCCAUUCCUCCUGUGCCUGGCCACAGUUAUGACAUGCCACAGCAAUGGAGCUUUUUAAAGUUACCCCCUAUUGGAAACAUUUUUCAUUCUUUAAGUUCAAGUAAUUUAAGCCAAGAAAGUGGUAAACAUGAUCCUUGUGAGUCUGGGAGAUCUACACCAACAGAUUCUUCAUCAAUGACACCCCCACUUUGGGAGAGCAGUGGAAAUCUCAUAAGUGCAGGAAGACAAGAUCAUACUCAUAUUGACAGUCCUGUAAUGUUCAAAGGUACAUCAAUGUAACUCCUGAAAAGGAAAGCUCCACUUGAAGCCAAGUGCAAACUUCUUUCUGCAUGAAGGUCUAGGAGAACAUAGGUUAACUGAGAAAGACAGCCAAACAUAUAAUUAUAAAAUUAUACACAGAUCAAUUUAAGAUUUUUGGGAACCUCUCCUCAUACAAAGGGAUAAAAAUAGGAGCAUAUAAAGCCUUUGAUAAAUGUAUGGCAGAUGCAAUUGUGAUCUGGGAAAACCUCCUAGUGUUCAGUUGAUUUAGAGAAGGGUUGGGUUCUCUAGAAAUUAAGGUCACAAUAGAGACAAAAAAGGUGCUAUCAUCAGUGUGUAGAAGGCUAAAGAACUCUGCAUUUGAUAUGUUGACCUACACAGGGUUUUCUCUGUAAGCAAAAGGAAACCUCAACAGAUAUAAACCAUUACCUGAAUAGAAAGCACAAUUUUCACUUUUUCAUUGUUGUUAAUAAUUUUGUACAUCAGAUCAAAGUCAAAAUAAGAGAUAGUUCUAGCGUGAACAUGGAUGCUACAAGCUCCUAUGAAGAGUCACACAUUUGCAAUGCUUAAAAUAAUGAUCUAUGCCAUGAAUUAUCACUAUAAAUAUUUAUUACAGUUCAUAAUUUACUGGCAAGUUCUACAAGCUACUUUUAAACUAGA